UGUAUUGCAAUCGGAUUUAUAUUGUGGUGCAGUCUGAUUAUUAUGAUUUUUAUUAAUUAUUGUUAUUCUCGAAAAAUCUCGUCUACUUUUAACUCGACUCGUCUGUUAUAGGAAUGGAGGACACCGUCAGCUUUCCGGGAACCUGCAAUGGGGACCUUCUGGGGCCGACCCUGGCCACUAUAUGUAAUGUUACUUCGUACUAUUUCUUCAUAUCACUUGUGGAGACAUUCGUAAGAAGAAAACAAACAAUCGCUCAAACCUGCGAACGCAUUAUACCUAUCAAUACCCUAGAUGCCGAGUAUGACUUUAUCGUAGUGGGGGGUGGAGCAUCCGGAUCCGUUAUCGCUGCACGACUGAGUGAGAAUCCGUCUUGGAAAGUUCUGCUUAUGGAGGCAGGCCUGGACGAACCAGCAGGUGCAGCCGUUCCUGGUUUUGUUUAUGAUAUAUCCCAAUCAUCUCUCGAGUGGGGAUACCGAUCGCAGAACGAGAGUUUCGCCUGUCUCGGUUCAAAUGGUAGCUGUUCGAUAUCUGCAGCCAAAGUUCUCGGUGGAGGAAUGGUGCACAAUUCAAUGAUAUACCUACGCGGCAGCCCUUCGAUAUUCGAUGAAUGGGCUGCGAUGGGCAACGAGGGAUGGUCGUGGAAAGAAGUAUUACCAUUUUUUAAGAAGUCCGAAAACAACGGCAAUAUCGAUCUUGUUGGUCGAAAGUAUCACGGCACGGAUGGGCCGCUUUUUGUCGAAAAAUUUCCGACCCAACCACCUUUUGCAAACGUGAUACUCGAAGCGGCCAAGGAGGCGGGUUUCGGCGUCAGUGACGACCUCAACCACUUGGAUAGUACCGGCUUCGCUAUAGUCCAAACAACGAGUCAUCGGGGUGCGAGACGCAGCAGCGCUGGGGCAUAUCUGCGGCCAAACAGACACCGCAAGAACCUCCACAUAACUCUGAACACCACCUGCACGAGAGUCAUAACCGAGAAUCGAAAGACCGUUGGCGUCGAAUAUUACAAGAACGGCAAGUUCUACACGGUACGCGUUACCAAAGAAGUCAUCAUCUCUACAGGUGCCAUUCAGUCUCCCCAUAUUCUACUCCACUCUGGAAUUGGGCCUGAAGAAGAUUUGAUCCCCAUGGGAAUCAAAGUGGUCGAAAAUUUACCCGGCGUCGGCAGGAAUUUCCAUGAUCAUAUCGUAUAUCCGAUUUCGUUUACCAUAAACGAGCCCGAUGUCUACGAGAACAACUGGGCUGCUCUUGCCGAGUAUAUCAGCUUUCAGACCGGACCCCUGUCUAACACUGGACUCGGUCAGGUCGUGGGCACCCUAAAAUCUGGAGUAACGACGCCUGAACUUCCGGACAUUCAUAUAGUCGGAAAUGGUUUUUAUGCCGCUUGCGCACCCGGUGGAAUCGGCGAACUUAAAGGCGAGGGAAAACGCGAAUUCACGUUAUGGAGCGGUUACGAGUAUCCGAAAUGCAGAGGAAGAAUCACUCUGGCUUCACCGGAUCCUUUGGAAUUUCCUCUAAUGUGGGUAAACUAUCUCUGCCAACCUGACGAUGUUGCUGGACUUGUACGGGCCAUCGAAUAUUCUUUGGAAUUGGUCAAUACACCGGCUAUGAAAGCUUACAACACGACCUUGGCUGAAACACCUCGCGAGGCCUGUUCAAAACACGCUUUUGCUAGCAGAGAAUACUGGGAGUGCGCAGUUCAUUACGGUUCUACCGGGGAAUUCCACGUUUCAGGCUCCUGCAAAAUGGGUCCAUCGUCGGAUCCACUUGCAGUUGUUGACCCUCGGCUUCGAGUCCACGGCAUACAAGGACUACGCGUUGCUGACUCUUCUAUUAUGCCGCAGGUGAGUACUGCUAAUACUGGAUCAGUCUGCGUCAUGAUUGGUGAACGAGCUGCACACAUGAUCAAGGAAGACUGGAACUAUACAGAUGAAAUGUAA